AUGUCAGGACGCGGAAAAGGAGGCAAGGCAAAGACUGGAGGCAAAUCGAAGUCAAGAUCAGCGCGCGCUGGGCUCCAGUUCCCCGUUGGACGACUUCACCGAAUGCUUCGCAAAGGCAACUACGCCGGCAGGAUCGGUGGUGGAGCUCCCGUGUACCUCGCUGCCGUCCUGGAAUAUCUGGCCGCCGAAGUCCUGGAGUUGGCUGGUAAUGCGGCCCGUGAUAACAAGAAGACCAGAAUCAAUCCACGUCAUCUCCAGUUGGCCGUACGCAAUGAUGAGGAGCUCAACAAACUGCUCUCAGGAGUAACAAUCGCCCAGGGAGGAGUUCUGCCCAACAUUCAAGCUGUGCUGCUGCCCAAGAAGACUGGUGGAGAGAAGGAGUAG